CAGGCUUGUAACCGAUGCAAGGGUCGCAAAAUCCGGUGCGAUGGCAAAACACCAAGUUGUGGCCAUUGCGCAAAGAGGAAAGCCGUUUGCUUAUACAUGACGCGAAAGAAACGGGGACUCGGCAAGAGGUACCUCGAAUACAUUCAGAGCCUUGAGGAACGAUUGAAACGGCUGGAAAGUACAUUGCGAAAC